AUGGCUCCCUCUUCCAGGCAUGCGCAGAACAUGGGGCAGGUCAUCGAGUACAUCCCUGGUACGGCGCGCCCUGCGAUGGCAGUCAAUGCCUUCGCCUCCUCUUGCUGCUGCUGCUGCUGCUGCUGGCUGUGCGCUGCACAUGUGCCCAACGGCGUGCAUCUGAGCUUUGCUUUGCUGACGAGAACUUCUUCUACAGACCGCCUCUAUCUCGGCGCCUAUCUUCGUCCUCCCACGGCGGAUACGCUGUUUCCCGGCUGGGAAUCUCCGGUGGCGUCGAGAAAACGAUCGCAAAGAAACGCCGACUCUGUUUCCUCAGCCAGCAGUGGUCGCUUGCCGCCCUGCUACUUUACGAUUGAUGAUACGCUGCUGUACAAUGCCUUUCACCACGACUUUGGUCCUUUGCACAUUGGCCACUUGUACCGAUUUGCCAUCCGAUUUCACGAUAUUCUCGGCGCCAAGGAGAACAAGGACCGCCCUGUUGUCUUCUGGAGCGCCGCUGACCCGCGAAGCCGUGCAAAUGCUGCCUGCAUGCUGGCCUGCUACAUGGUCCUGAUCCAGAAUUGGCCGCCUCACUUGGCGCUGGCCCCCAUUGCCCAGUCCGAUCCGCCGUUGAUGCCCUUUCGCGAUGCCGGGUACAGCCAAGCCGACUAUGGCAUCACCGUCCAGGACGUUGUCUACGGUGUGUGGAAGGCCAAGGAGGAAAAGUGCAUUGAUCUCGACAACUUUGAUCUUGAAAUGUACGAGAGGUUUGAGCGUGUAGAGCACGGCGACUUUAACUGGAUCACUCCGAAUUUUCUGGCCUUUGCCUCUCCCCAGCACACGCCCGUCGCCAAGGUGACGGAGGAUUCUGAACUCUGGCCACUGUUGCCGAGAGAUCUGGCCGCCGUGGAUGCCCACCCGACCCUGCCACAGCCGUUCAAGAACGUCUUGACGCACUUCUCCGAGAAGAAUAUUGGCCUGGUCGUCCGUUUGAAUUCUCACCUGUACUCUCCGUCGUACUUUGAGGCCCUGGGUAUCCAGCAUCUUGACAUGAUCUUCGACGACGGGACGUGCCCUCCACUCACAACCGUCCGCAGGUUUAUUCGGCUCGCACACGAGGCCAUCACCGUCAAGAAGAAGAGCAUCGCUGUGCACUGCAAGGCUGGGCUCGGCCGGACCGGCUGCCUCAUCGGCGCGUACCUGAUCUACAGGCAUGGCUUCACGGCUGACGAGAUCAUUUCCUUUAUGCGCUUCAUGCGCCCAGGCAUGGUUGUUGGUCCCCAGCAGCACUGGUUGCAUCUCAACCAGGGCACGUUCCGGGAGUGGUGGGUUGAGGAGCGUGUUGAACGUCGUCUGCGGAGGGAGCUCGCCGCUCCAAGCACACCCAUCAGAGCCAUGCAAAGGACAAGCCUGCGCAAUGGACAAAUGUCCACGCCUCCAAACCGCAGUCCGUCGAACCGCACCCCUCUCAGCGAAGUCGACCAGGACCGCAAGAAUGGCGUGCAGGAGGACUGCCUUCCCGCCCCUACUCCAGGACAGCCUCGAAAGACCACGCGGGCUGCCGAUCGCCAACAUGGCUACCAGCGUUCCGGUGCCGCCCACAGAUGGCGUCGAGAAGAAGACAAGGAAUUCCAGAACGAGACGGAAAUAGUGGCCAUGCAUCGUUACGUGCAAGUGCAGGGUGCUGACUCCGACGAAGAGCUGCAUGUUCGCAUGCGCAGCCACCGCAAGGCGUCAGCGUCGCCCAGCCGAGAGAGGGUCCGCGCAGUCAGCCAGACGACGUCGACAAUUUACGUCGUCGAUAACGACGCCUCGCAGGAUGCGGAGAACAUUGGCGCCGGCCGACCAAAGACCGUGGACCGUGUCGCCAGCACCCCCAGCGUCAUGACCAAGGUCCGUGGCAGCAAGCGUGCCGGCUCCGAGUCUCCCCUACGGGCCAAGGACUCUGCCGGAAUCCGAAAGACGAGCGGCCGUGUCGGCAGCUCCAGCGUGUCCGUGUCCGCCUCGGCUGCGUCCACGGCACGCAAAGUCUCCGGGUCGUCAUAG